AUGCCAGCAGCCGACCUGCUCAUCUCAGCUCUUCGGGAGCGUGGCAUCAAUUUCAAGAAGGAGGACAUCGAGCGCGAGCUGCAAAAUGAAUCGCAACAAGGCACAGGCAAUGCGCAGUGGGUGAUGGAGCACGUCAGUCCCCACACGUUGCUCUCAAAAGACGAAGCAGCCCUAAUCAACGUUUUGGAGCGCUCCGGUGCCCUCGAGACCUUCCUUCGACAGCCCGAGUUGGCAUCGAUACGACCCUUGGCCGACGACGAAAUCCGCGCAGCUACGGCGACUUUGAAGUCUUCCACUGCAACAUGUGCAAACCAAGUAGCAACGUUGAAAGCACAGUUGGGGCUCGCCAGAACACUACAAAUGAACCGGCAGGAAACCGAUCAAGACCAUGAUCGAUAUGUGACUGCACUGAAACGGAAACAUCUGCUGGAGAAACAAAGGACCAAAGCUAUGGUACAGCUCGCAUCAUCUCUGAAUCGCACAAACGAUAUGCGAAAGAACACGGGAAAAAAGCAACUCCUUCAAAGCGUGAGCUCCAGGUUGAUGAAUGACGACGAUAUUCUUUUUAAAAUAGAGGAGCUGGCCGCCGAGUUAGAGCUAACAGAGAUGGACGAACAAACGGAGAAGCGAACGCCGGAACUGAUUUCCACCCUCUCGAAACUAACGUCCGAGGAGAUUCGUUGCCGCUUAGAUCGAGUAUAUUUAGAGACACUUCUUACAGGCGCUGAUGCUCCGGCAGAUGUUCCUGAUAAUCGCGAUGCGUGCAUUGCAUUGCAAGAGGACCUGGAGUCACUCUACUCUGAAAUUGAUGUCUUGGCUGAAAUGUCUGCGAGACACGAGUUUGGACAGCCCAUACUUGACGAGCUUCAGAAAAAGAAACAGAGUUCUGCUAGUUCAUUGGAAGAUAACUUCGAUGUGAUGUUGGAUUUGCUCUCCGAAAUGACGCGUUCCACGAAACAAAAUGUUGACAGAGUUCUCUAUUAUCAAUCGCACCGCGAAGCUUUGGACCAGCUGUCCGCCUUGUUUAGAAAGGAAAUAACCUCUAAGCAGGCUAUGGAAACCCAAAGCAAAAAGUCUCAUCGCCGAGAAUCAUCCAUAUCGUCUAUAAAGGUUCAGACAUCAAAACCUACACAGUCUCAGCCAGAGGCACAGGCUCUCGAGAGCUUCCUGCGGCGUCUAGGCAUCUCAACGGCAUUGCACGGUGAGGAGUCUCUCGCCGAUAUUAUUUCAGAAAAGCGGUCAGAAAUGGCUAGGAUAGUCUGCCACAACUCGAUAGGCAUGUCCGCAGAAAUGCCACUGCUUGCAUCGCUUGGUUCUACCGACGAGGCGAAGGAGCUUCUGACAUGCACAUUGCACGCUAAUGAUUCCUCCUAUGCAUCAGAGCCGUCGCUAGCGGACCCAGUUCAGCAAGGAAAUCUUGCGAACCUAGAGAAGGAGCUCAUGGUUAUUCAAAAGGAAAUCGAAAGAGUUGAUUUGGGUAUGCUGGCAGAACCGGAUAGGUUUCGGGAUAAGUUUAUAGAGAAAUGGAGACAACCUUGA